AUCCACCUCCAACCAGGCCGAACCCACCAAAUCCACCAAGGCAGGAACCAAGCCAUAGGCCGCCUACUGCCAACCCAACUGACGCGCAAUGGAAAGCGCAUGCUGGCAUAGCACAGAGGCGAUGGCUCCAUUCAGUACGUGCCGGAGACAGAGGAGAUACAAACCUGCUGGGAAAGAUCUGUUUGAAGGGAAAUUCCACCACUUUUCACUUUUCAAGAUAAGAAAAGGGAACAGGACACUAUUGUGAAAGCCAUCCUGAAUGGUGAUGUGACUACAGUACGAGCUAUGGCUAAAAACACUGGGAAUAACAUACUGUGGCCUGACAAGUAUGGAUGGAUCCCGCUGCACGAGGCUGCAUAUUAUGGUCAAGACCAGUGUGUCAGGGUUCUUCUUGGGGCUCAACCUAGUAUGAUUAACAAGUGUGACCUGAAAGGCCAGACUGCUCUCAUCUUGGCAGUGUACAGGGAAAAGGUGGCCUGUGUAGAGACGCUUCUGGAGAAAGGGGCUGAUCCAGACCUCGCCAACAAGGACAGAGAGACCCCACUCUACAAAGCUUGUGAAAGUGGUAAUGCUGAGAUUGUGGUCAUGCUUCUGAAUCACGGUGCUGUGGUGAACAAACACUGCAUUCAGGGCUGUACAGCUCUCCAGGAGGCUGUGAGCCGCAACAACGUGGAGAUCUGUGAGAUCUUGGUCCAGGCCGGGGCUAAACUCAGCCCGACCAACAUGUAUGGUAUCGCGCCCCUGUUUACUGCAGCCCAGAGUGGACACGUGGAAACACUUCGAUUUCUCAUUAAACACGGUGCUGAUAUCAACAGUGAGGCAAGUGAUGGGGCCACAGCUCUGUAUGAAGCGGCUAAGAAUGGCCAUGAGGACAUUGUGGAGCUUCUUCUUUCUCAGGAUGCUGACGCCAACAAAGCAGGCAAUAGAGGACUUCUGCCACUACAUAUCGCUGCCCAACGAGGAACUGAUGGUAUCGUGUCAUUGCUGAUCAAAGUCACCAGCAAGUACAGAGUGAAUCGCAGUGGAAUCAGUCCCCUCCACCUGGCUGCCGAGUGCAACAGGGAUGAAGUUGUGGAGGUCUUGAUUGAGGCCGGCUACGACGUCAACGCCAUGCUUUCAGAGGACCGCUCCAUGAUGUACGAGGACCAUCGUAGUACGACUCUCUAUUUCGCCGUCUCCAACGGCAACGUGGAUGCAACCACCAUGCUUCUAGAAGCCGGCGCCAUCCCAAACCUGGACACCGUCAACCCACUACUGGUAGCCGUGAGGCAGGGAAGUAUCGAAUUGGUCACUUUGCUGGUGGAGCACGGGGCCAAUGUCAACGCCUACGUCCCCACUCACCCCACCUCAUUCCCGGCCACCGUCAUGUUCGGUAUGAAGUACCUGUCCAUGCUGAAGUAUCUGAUGGACAAUGGCUGCGACGCCCUCUCCUGUUUUAGUUGCACUUACGGCAGUGGUCCACACCCACCCCUUCAGGAGACCUCUGAGAGGGAUGACUUGCGCUACAAUACCAAUACACGCAGAAAUACCGGGGAACCUGUUCAGUUCUGUGAGAUCAUCUCUGCUCGCUGGGCAGGACCAAUCAUAGAUGUGCUCCUGGAUUACGUUGGCCAUGUGAAACUCUGCUCCAGACUUACUGAGCACCUAGAUAGCUUGGAGGACUGGGAAGUCAUCAAGGAGAAAGCAACGCCAUCACGUCCACUGAUGCAGCUGUGCAGGCUGAAGAUUCGCCUGCAGGUUGGAAUCCACAGACUGAGGUGCAUCAAAAAACUGCCCCUCCCACCACGACUAAUCAAGUACCUCAACCACGAAGAGCACAACCAAGAAGAGUUUUGUGAAUAAUAGUCUGUGACAUCAUAGUCAAAGUACGAGAUGACAAGGGACUACAGCACAAAAUCGCUUGACAUAAUCAAUGUUUUUGGUGUGAAUCUUUUUACUCAUAUUUAAGCAGUAAAUUAGAGCAGUGGUUACCAACAUGUGGUCCGUGGACCACUGGUGGUCCUCCAUUUAAUUUAUUUUAUUAUUAUUAUUAUUUUAUAUUUUUCUUCCAAACAUAAUACCAUAUGGGAGUAUAUAUGGUAUUAUAAGCAAUUGUACAUUACUUUUUACAAUGCAAAUUGUGUUGCCCUUUACACUCGUACCCGUAUACCGGUUGAAAAUGACAGAUUUGGAUACUGAUAAACGCCUAAAUUGGAACUGAGUGGCUGUACAGUAACAUGCUAAACAUGACAUUUAAUUACUUUACUUAUAAUGGUUUGGGACACCUGGGACCAUCACAUGACAAAAACCUCCAGGGGACCAUGACACAACGUCCCAAGAACAUCCUAAAAACGUCCUUGGGGACCACAGGAGGCUGCUGAGGGGAGAACUGCUCAUAAUAUUGACUGGAAUGGAGCAAAUGGAAUGGCAUCAAACA